CUAAUAGGUAUUAUAUCACACAACAACGGUUACAAAUAAAAUGAACUAUUUAUUUGUUAUAUUAACUACCAAUCACCUUUACAAGUUCGUACAAGUUGCCCAACAAGUGUUUGGUCAUGUUGUCUCGAGAUUGAGAUUUAUUAGAAAUUGAUAGAAAUUGUAAUCAUUUUAUAAUAGCAAUCUGGAUUUAAUUUUACAAACAAAUUAAAUCUAAGCUUGACUUUGUUUGAGCGAUCGAGUCUUGAUAAUUGAAUUGGUGUAUUUUAUCAUUGAUUGUGAAAUCAUCACAUAUGCGUGUAAGCAUGAUACAAAUGAAACAAAAUAUUUUAUAACUAGUCUCUUUUGAUUAGUUAAACGAAUUAAUUUUGGUUGUAUAAAGUGAUAUAAUUGUUCUACUAGUAGUACUAUUAGAAAAAUAAAAAAAAUCAUUACUUCUUAUAUAUUAACAACUGUUUUUGUUGAGUCAAUAUUCAGAUGACACGAGUGGUUAUUUAUUUAAUUAAAUGACAACUCUUUUCUUAAUAAUGAAAAAUAACAGUUAACUAUAUAGGUGCACCGAAUUAAUCUAUAAUUUUAGACACUCGUAGAAAAAUGGUUUUUAAGUACGAUCAUUAACCAUAGCAAAUGUACUAAAUUUGUAGUAAAAAUGCUUUUAUUACCCAUUUGGUACCAAUUUGCACCGUAGCAUAUAUGGGUUUGACAAUUUUUUUUCUUUUUAUAAUAGCUGUGUAAUCAGUGUUUACAUACAUUAAUUGUUCAUUUAGCCGAUCCUCUAUUUAUAUACUUGUCCAUUAUAUAUAUUUCUGCACAUACAUCAAACCUUCAAUAAUAAAAAUUAAUAAUGGACAUGCCUGAAUUUGAGAAUGGUCACAAGCUGCUUCACAUAGCAAUGUUCCCAUGGAUCGGCAUGGGCCACGUCACUACCUUUCUCCAUCUCGGCAACGAGCUCUCUCAACGAGGACACCGCAUCUCGUUCUUGCUCCCCAUGAAGGCUCUUGUUAAGCUCGACCACAACCACGACCACUCGCACCCAAUCAAAUUCCACAUUCUAAACGUGCCCCAUGUGGACGGCCUGCCACCUGGCGCCGAGACUUGUUCGGACAUCGACGACAACCUCACCGAAAAAAAUCCACUUGCCGUAGCCUUCGACGCCAUGUCCGAACAAGUCGAGGCGCUCUUGCGCUCCCUCAACCCCGAUAUCGUCUUUUACGAUUUCGCACACUGGAUACCCCGGCUCGCCGCGGUGAUCGGCUUCAAAACGGUCUGCUACAACACGGUCUCCGCCUCGUGCAUGUCGUACACUGUCGUACCGGCGAGGCGCAUCCCGAAGGACCGGAUGAUGACGGCGGAGGAACUGGCGGAGCCCCCGGAGGGCUACCCUUCCUCCACGGUGGUGCUCCGGGGGCAGGAGGGCUUGAUGAUGUCAUUCAUCUGCGAGGAUUACGGUGAUGUGAAGUUCGACGUGCGCAUGUCGACCGCGUUGUGGGGCUGCGACGCGAUUGGCGUGCGCACGUGCAGUGAGAUGGAGGGGCCCAUGUGCGAGUACGUGUCGCGGCAGUACGGUAAGCCCGUUAUCCUAACCGGGCCGGUUCUGCCGCGGGUUCAGGAGGAGGUGCCGCUGGAGGAGAAGUGGGACACGUGGCUGAGCAAAUUCGACGAAAAGUCGGUUGUGUACUGCGCUUUCGGAAGCCAGACGAUUCUUCAGAAGAAGCAGUUUCAAGAAAUGCUGUUGGGCUUCGAGAUGACCGGGCUGCCGUUUAUCGUGGCGAUGUCGAAACCGCAUGGGGCGGACACCAUUGAAGAGGCUUUGCCGGAGGGGUUUACGGAGAGGGUGGGUGGUAGAGGGGUGGUGCACGGUGGUUGGGUGCAGCAGACGCAGAUACUGAACCACCCGUCGGUGGGUUGCUUCGUGAGCCACUGCGGGUUCGGGUCGAUGUGUGAGUCGUUGAUGAGCGACGCGCAGAUAGUGGCGGUGCCGCAGUUCGGGGAUCAGGUGCUGAACGCGCGGCUGAUGGCGGCGGAGCUGAAGGUGGCGGUGGAGGUUGAGAGAGGUGAGAUGGGGUGGUUCUCAAAGGAGGAUUUGAGCAACGCCGUUAAGUCGUCUGUGAUGGACGUCGGCAGUGACGUAGGCGAAAUUGUGAGGGAGAAUCAUGCUAAGUGGAAGGAAACCUUCGUCGCCCCGAAAUUUAUGGAUGACUACAUCGACCGUUUCAUCAAACAAUUAUAUCACCUCUAAUUGCCGUCCCC